AUGGCGCGUAAAUGUAGCUUACCUGCCCGAGUCCCAGCCCCCGGCACUGAUGUCCUCCCGGAUGAUACGAGCCCCAAGGAAGAGACGCACGAUGGUAUUGAAGAGCUAGCUUUGCGCGCAUUCUUCCAUGAUUACUGUGUGCCUUCAACAAAUUGUACCAUCUCGCGGGGGUUUCUCAAUGAUCUGGAGGCAAUGGUAGUACGUUGUGGGCCCUGGUCGGAAUGUGCCAAAGCCUGCAAGGCGGUCGCCUUUGCCAGCCAUGGCAUCAAGCUGCAUAGACCCAGUCUGUUGCGCAAAGCUGAGACGCUCUAUGAUGAACUGGUCAGCUCCCUGGCACGUGUGAUGGGUGGGGUUGACAUAUCGUUGCUAUCUUCCGAGAUGCUGACCGUGGUGAUGCUACUUGGGUUGUAUGAGAUCAUUGUUGCAGAUGAAGCCCACCGGGGAUACCACCACGUGCAUGCAGGUGGAAUGGCUGCAAUGUUGCGGAUUGGAAGCUCUCCGCUGGGUUUGUUGAAGGCUGUAAAAUUAGGUCACCCACUGCUCACCAGUGGCAUGAUCUGCGACCAGAGAUCUUUCUUCGCACCACAUGUUGACAACGAGCUGGACAACAUUCUUCUUGAGAUGGGUGACAUAUGGGACAAAAUGAAUCCACUUCCUGCUGAUGACUCAGAAGCCCUUCGAUUCCUUCAGCAAGAGGCCCUUCGCCUCAAUCACCGUCUCUCGCAGUGGCAAGAUCGCCUUCCUGCGGGUUUCAUGCCCACCACAGUCGGCCAAAUACCUCCAAGUCCGACUCCAACGUCCCCAGAACCCGGACACUGGCCUGGUGCGAUCGACGUGUACUUCGACCAGUAUGUUGCGGGAGUCUGGAAUAUCUCACGUGUAGCUCGUUGUGUCCUCAUUGAAAUCAUCAUGAAGAUCGGUGACAUUCUCCAAAACAACAAAGACUAUACUCGUGAAAGGACAGGUGCUGAUCACCUCUGUAAGGAGCUGCUCUCUUCCAUCCCAUAUCACCUCACCGAGUGCCUUCCAGACUUUCUCCGAGAUACGCAGAGCGCGUCUAGGAUUCAAACCCCUGGAAGAGCUGUCGGGGGGCUGCUAUUGAUGUAUCCCAUAUUCCUGCUGCGUCAGCUUUCCAUCGUCCCCUUGGAGAUGCAGGAGUACCUGGCCAAAUGCUUGGAGUGGAUAGGGAUAAAUAUGGGUGUCGGGCAAGCUUCGAUUCUUGCAAAGGUAAGAAAGCUUGUCUUCUUCCCUGGAUGCAUGAUUAUUUGGACUGGAUUCCUGCUGUAG